AAAUAUCAACAGUGUGGGGGCGUGGUCAUCGUGCUGCACCUGCGCGUCAGGUAAAUGAGUGACGCUGGGUUUCACCGCUUUUUCCAAACAUAAGCGGCCCGGAAGUGACAGGAAAAACGGCAUAGGCCUGAGAUGGACCGUUACAGGUAUUUCAUCUUCAAUCAGAAGAGUGUGGUGGUCCUCGGCAUCCUUCAGGUGGCGUGCUCGGGGCUUUGCGUGGUUUGCGGCUUUAUGGACGCAGUCUUCCGCAAGAGCACUACUCUGAGUGAAACUAGAGCUCCACUCUGGGCUGGACUGAUUAUGGCUGCCCCUGGUGUGCUUGCUCUUUUUGCAUCCCAGAAGAAAAACCCAAUUUUGGUAAAUGUCAUGAUCGCAUCAUCUGUGAUGUCGCUUUUUGCUGUUGUGAUUGUCUUCAUUUAUUCUUGCGUCACUCUAAGCUAUGGAGAAGAGGAUGAUGAGAUCUUCCAUCCCCAUCCUAUCCCUGAAGUGAGGUUUGUCCUCAGCCGGAUGGUGAAAGGAGCAAACAGCACCCUUCUGGUGGCCUGCAUGGGGUCUUUGCUCUUUUCUUCUCUCAUUGCAUAUGUUGGCUGCCGCAGUCUUCCACUUUGUGGCUGCUUCGACUCCUCAAAUGGCAUGGAGUUUCUAGUUCCUCAGAAUGACCCUGUUAUUCCAACUGAACUUGUAUGCGCUUGGCAAGAUGAUGAGCGAAUCUUUAACUCCCCCAUGUCAUUCAUGGAUCGCUGUCCUGAACAGGAACCGCAAGACCUCUCCAUGCUUCCACCGUAUAGCAGACUAGCUUAGUAAUUGAUUAGUUUUUUUGGUGUGUGUGCCUGGGGAAAAUAUUAAAUAUUGUGAAAUAUAGUUAAUUAAUUUUUCCCAUAAAUAUUUCAUCAAGCCUGCUUGUUUCAAAUCAACUUAAAUUUAUUCUUGAUGUUAAAGUUAUCAGUGCCAUAUUUUAUAUUAUCUUCCAGUUUGUGUUUUUUUUUCUUAAGGCACAUGCCUUGGCUUUUAUUUUUACAUGAUAGAGUGAUAUAUUUGCACACAUAAACCUGUAUGUAUGUAUAUAUUUUUACAAUAAACAAUUCUGUUUAAAUCUUUA